UGCGCAGUCUUCACCCUCCCCCAGAGGAGGUAUAAAUUAGUGGAUCAGGCUAUCCAGAGGGGAAUAUCCUCAACCUCUGAGAACGACUCAAAAAAGCUGCUCAGAAGUUCUUUCCUAUACUCACAGCUAUGACAAGACCAUAAGAUCACGAAUCCUCUGAACAACUGCUACUUUGAAGACAACACACAUUUAUGCUACUUCCGCAUUAAAGGAUUUUUCAUCUGACAGUUGAGGAACACAGAAUACCAAGAGGUGAACAGCUACAACGUCCUGUGACUUCUCAGUCUGGUGGCAGACACUAAAUCAUGGUUGUAAAGCUGUGUGUCUUGCUCUGUCUCCUUAUGCUGUUGGCAUGUUUUACCCAGCCAAAACCUCAUGAUGAGCUUCCAUUACGCUCAAUGGAGAUCAGAGAUCCAAACAUUGAUGCCGUUUGGUAUAAAGACAGAGGAAUACGACCUGUUGGAAGAUUUGGGCGAAGGAUGGCACAAAGAGACGUAGCAGCCUUGCUUGUUGAAACAGUGUUGAAAUUGCUGUAACGCUUAAAACUGAUCAAUGCAUGAUCAUAUGACAUCAAUGGGUAA